GAAACGACUUCUCCUCUCUGUCAGACUUGACUACGUUUCUCUUUCACGCGCGUUAGAAAGGCUACGAACUGCAUCCUCCAUCUUUACUGCACGACAGCGCCGUGAGUCCGCCAUUGGCCAACCGUCGCCGCAGCCGCCGCCAUUAUAGAUUCCGUUGUGUGUGACUGAGUCUCGUUCUCCAGAGUUUUCCAAAGAAAACUUGUAUCUCUCCGAAAUCAACAGUGAAAUAUCUUUGGAAUUAGUUGUCAAGUAACGUGGUAAACGUCGGAAUGAAAACAUACAGUAGGAAAAAGGGCGACAGCCCAAGCAACGUAAUCAUUCAUGUGAACGAGCUGUGCCGACUGUGCUUGGCAAAGGAGGAGGAGAUGGUGCCGAUUUACGACGACGAAACUAUUCCUUUAUCCCUGCGAAUUAUGGCUUGCGUUAACCUGGAGGUUUAUGAAGAAGAUGGUCUUCCAAACAUGAUUUGUCAUCCCUGCAAGUAUCAGUUGGAGAAAUCCUACCAGUUCAAGAAGAAAUGUGAAGCUGCUGAUGCUAAACUUCGGAAACACAUGAAGCUAAUACAACAGUUAACUGGUCAGAAUGAAGAUGGAGAGAACCAAGAUAACAGGGAUGAACUGGCAGAUUCUUCCAGUAGUGGAAAAUCUAAACAAGUUAAACAAUUGUUGGCUGAUCUGGUAUCGAGUAAAGGUGAUAGUGGACAGACUGAUGGAGAACCAAUUGAAGUAACAGAAGAAGAACUUGUUGGUGGUUACAUUUUAGGAAUGAACUCUGAAAACUUAGAAAUGGAAGAACCUAUGUCAGAGGAUCCAGAAAAUAUUACAUUAGUGCCUGCUGAGGAACGUGCUGCAAAAGCACAUUGUACAAUCCGUACAACGCGUAUUAAACAAGAACAAGAAUCUGAAGAUGAGGCAGAUGAAGUACAAAGGGCAAUUGCAAAUGCUGAUCACAAAAAUGUUUAUGUGAUGGAACUGACCAGUAACAAUACUGGUCAAGGAGAGUCCUUAAAAUUGCAACCAAUAACAAAUACCAUAGUUGAACCUAAUCAAGAAUUAAAGGUAUUUCAAUGCGACAAAUGUCCGAAAGCAUUCACACGAAGAAUAAUGCUGAAGAGUCACCAGUCUGUUCAUUCUACACAAAGAGGCUUUACAUGUCAAGCUUGCGAAAAAUGGUUCCCUACGAGAUCUGCUUUAGUGAGACACGAACGUACUCAUACAGGUGAAAAACCAUUUGGUUGUAACAUUUGUCAUCGUGCCUUUGCGCAAAAGGAAAUUCUGCUUCGUCAUCUUAUGACUCAUUCGGGGCAAAAACCGUUCCAAUGUCAGCAUUGUGACAAGAGUUUCACCCAACGCGAAGCGUUGAAAGUUCACAUGCGAAGACAUCAGAAAUUGGACCCAAAUGACAUUCAGUUACAUCACUGUCAACUUUGUCCAAAAGCUUUUUGCCACGCCUCUGGACUUAGUAGACAUUUAGUCACACACACUGGCAGAACGUACAAAUGCGUAGAAUGCGAAAAAUCCUUCACAGAUAAAAGUUCGCUGUUAAGGCAUAGUCGCAUUCAUGCGCCUAAAAAGAUACUAACAAAUUAGAUUUAAGCGAUUACUACAAAUCACAAUAACAGUAUCACCGCAUUAAAUUAAGAUUCACAGAUUACGUUACUUUUAAGAACGUAUGACAUAGUUUUUUAUGUUUUAGCAGUAUAUGGUUUCAUGCAAUACUUAAUGAUAAUUAUGUACUAACAAUUUAUUGAAUAAUUUUAAGCAUGUGUAUCUAUGUAUUUAUAUUUUGGAUUUCAAUUUCAGCAUCAAGCUAUUGGAAGACAUUAUCAUUGUACACUUUACAUUUUGAAUGCACAUUUUGUUAAAAUUGUAUAUAAAAUUUUUGCUGCAAAAUUUCAUUUACAAUUUACAAUUAGAUUUAUUGAAUGCGUCAAGUAUAAUUAUGUAAAUAUAUUAUAUUAUAUGGUGUUAAAUCAUGUUUCGGUAACUUACGUAUUUUAUUGAAACUAUAGAUUAGUGAUAAUAUUCGUCAAACAGAACAUUUUCUUUUUAUACAAAAUUAUUUUCUUAUACGUACUUUCAUGACAUUUAUAUUAUACAUAAUUUUAAUGUACCUCUGUGUAUAUAACUUUAAUUAUAGAGAUAUAAAUUAAACAUGUUAUAUAUACUUUUGUAUCGUUUUAAUUAAUCCCGGUUAAAUUUUUAGGAUAAGAGAAAGACAUUUUGUAUGUAAAUAAUGAUUGUGUAAUGUCUAUAAUUAGGCUGAAGAAGGCAUUUAACAAAGAACAAAAUAUACUUUAAUGAAAAACUUAA